AUGGAGAUUCUCAACCAAGUCAUAGACGACAAGCGCGGCGCAUAUCGCCUCCGAGCCGGUCAACGAAUCUACUAUCUCUUCAUUGCAACAGGCACCUUCGAAGAGGACACCAUGUGCCGGCCCUACCUCCUCAUCCCCAGCCUUCCAGACCUCCCCGAUUCUCCAUGGACAACAGCGACCAUCGUGCGGGGAGCGGAUGGCUCGCCGUUCAUCUCAGCCAUCUCCACGGACCCGCUCUCCGAGAUCCAGACAGUCUGGCACGAGCGGCGUAUCGACGUUCUCUCCCUCAAAAGAACGAGGCGCCUGCGCUCGUGGACCCACGAGGUCCAAUACGAUGGCGGCACGGCCGUGGCCAAGAUUGCAUGCUUCGAGUGGGACUUGCGCCGCAUCGAGCGCGAGACGGCGGCGUACUACAAGUUAACACAGCAUCGUAUCCAGCAUCGCGAUGAACCACCCAUAGCGCCAGAGUUCCUGGGCCACUUGACGGAGAACGGUAGGGUCAUGGGCUUCUUACUGGAGAAAAUUGACGGGGAACGGGCUUGCAGAAGCGACUUGCCGGACUGCGAAACGCUGGUUCGCAGGAUACAUGGCUUGGGGAUGAUUCACGGGGAUGUGAACCGGUACAAUUUUGUCGUUGACCGAGCUGGAACUGGGGGCGUGCGUCUGGUGGACUUUGAGCAUUUCGAAGACUUCAGUGAGGAGACGGCGAUGGAGGAGUUGUUAGCACUGCCGGCGGAGCUUGCGGAAGAUACUGGAAGGGGUGCAACUGCAAAGGUAUCUGGGCGCUGA